AAAAAUGUAAAUGUGAAGUUAUAGUUCAUACACAAGGGUCAACAACAAAUUUUGCAACUCACUUACUUAGUCAUGAAAUUGUAAAACCGCAAUUGGCUAUAAAUAAAGCAAACAAUUCACAACUAAAAAUUGAUGUUAUAUUUAAAAAAUCUACAACUAAUCAUAUCAAUCAGAUAGAAGCAAUUUAUCAAGCAUUAGUAGAAUUUAUAAUUGAAGAUUCUCAACUAUUUUAUUUACUUAAAACACCUUUUGCCGAAGCAACUACUUUACUUGAAGGUAGUACUUAUUCUACUAUAAGCUUUAUGUUAUUAGCAAUUAAAGUAUUAUUACAAAAUUGUAAACCUAAAGCAAGUGAUGAUAAGAAUUAUCAAAUCGAAUCUGAAUCUGAUAAUAUAAAUUUUGAUGAUAUUAUUACAAUAUUUGACGAAAAAGAAAUUAUUGUAGAUUAUGAUUAUAAUAAUAAAAUUGAAAUUACUAUAGAUGCUAAAGAAAUAAAUGUAAAUAAGUCUAUUGAAACUAAGGGACUAGUAUAUAAAAAACGAGAGCAAGCAAUUGAAGCUGUACGAGAUUUA